UACAGCAUGGCCCAGACAGAGAAGAAAGGUGGGCUGCUUCGGAAAUCUUCAGCCUCCAAAAAGCCAUUGAAGGAGAAAGUUGUGUUGAUGUAUGAUGAGAUUUUCACGACAGAAGACCCCAGUAAAUGCAACCCUAGGUUUUGGGAGGAGCUGUUUCUCAUGAAGGUCAACUUGGAAUAUCUAGAAGGCAAGCUGGAGGCACUAGACGGGGAAGAGUUAAUGAAGAUAAAAGAUAACAUCAACUGCUUGUUUCAGCACUGCAUCCAGGCACUGGGUGAAGAGCACCCAAUCAGAGUGGUCAAUGCAUUACAGACUCUGUGUGCAUUGAUUCGGGGUGUCCAUCAGAAGAACAAAUCCACUUCUGGGUUUGACAUCAUCAACAUGCUCGUGGGUUUUGAUAAGGCAGAGCUAUGUAUGAAGAAUCUGAUGGAAAGCUUGGACUCGCUCCUCUGUGCAGAAGGUUCUGAAAGCCUCAAAAGCUUGUGUCUGAAGCUACUUCUCUGCUUGGUGACGGUGACAGAUAACAUUAGCCAGAACACCAUCCUGGAGUAUGUGAUGAUUAACAGCAUAUUCGAAGCUAUUUUACAGAUCCUGUCCAGCCCGCUUAGUCGCAGGGAACACGGCUAUGAUGCUGUCGUCCUUCUUGCCUUGCUGGUCAACUACAGAAAGUAUGAAUCAGUGAAUCCCUACAUCGUGAAGCUCUCCAUCGUAGAUGAUGAGGCCACGCUCAAUGGAAUGGGACUUGUAAUUGCCCAGGCUUUAUCAGAAUAUAACAGGCAAUACAAAGAUAAGGAAGAGGAGCACCAAAGUGGUUUCUUUUCAGCGCUAACUAAUAUGGUGGGCAGCAUGUUCAUAGCAGAUGCUGAUGAGAAGAUCUCAGUCCAAACUAAUGAAGCAAUCCUUCUGGCCCUCUAUGAAGCUGUUCACUUAAACCGGAAUUUCAUCACAGUUCUGGCACAAAGCCAUCCCGAAAUGGGGCUGAUGACAACACCAACAAGCCCAAUUCCAAUGACACCUGUCACUCCACUUGGAACCACCCCACCUUCUUCAGAUGUUAUAAGCUCUGCAGAGCUGCCUUUGGAUGCUGAUGUGCAAACUAGCAACCUGCUGAUAACCUUCUUGAAGUACAGCUCGAUUGUGAUGCAGGACACAAAAGAUGAGCACCGGCUACACAGUGGCAAGCUGUGUCUGAUUAUCCUGACAUGCAUAGCAGAGGAUCAGUAUGCUAAUGCUUUUCUUCAUGAUGACAACAUGAAUUUUCGAGUAAACCUACACAGGAUGCCAAUGAGACAUAGGAAGAAAGCAGCAGACAAGAACCUGCCCUGUCGCCCGCUGGUGUGUGCAGUGCUUGAUUUGAUGGUGGAAUUCAUUGUAACACACAUGAUGAAAGAAUUUCCUAUGGAUCUCUAUGUACGAUGCAUUCAGAUUGUGCACAAGCUGCUGUGCUACCAGAAGAAAUGCAGAGUGAGGCUUCAUUACACCUGGAGGGAGCUCUGGUCAGCUUUGAUCAGCUUGUUGAAGUUCCUCAUGUCUAAUGAGACUGUAUUGCUGGCCAAGCACAACAUCUUCACCCUUGCUCUUAUGGUUGUGAACCUGUUCAACAUGUUCAUCACUUACGGAGACACCUUUCUCCCCACUCCCAGCAGCUAUGAUGAGCUGUAUUAUGAAAUUAUUCGGAUGCAUCAGAAUUUUGACAACCUUUAUUCUAUGGUUCUAAGGCUGUCUACCAAUGCUGGUCAAUGGAAAGAGCCUGCAAGCAAGGUGACCCAUGCGUUAGUCAAUAUUAGGUAA